GUCUGACAUGUGAAAGACACACACAUCCGCAACGACGCCCGCCAUCAGAGCCACCAUAGAACGGGGGUUGGAUUAUCGACCUGCCUUAAAUCACCCAACUCCAAUUACCGAGCAUGACCGGCAAAUAACGAUGCACCAUUGCACAUCUGGCGCGUGUCGCUGCGGCUGCUGAUACGUUCUCGCUCUAGCUAUUAUGGCGAAAAAGGCACGCGGCCUGUCGGAUCUCCUCAGGAGCGUGUUCAGCUUGCUGUUCGAGGUCGCCUUCUUCUGGCAACUGCGAUUAUUUGCAUGGUGGACGAAGAAGAGUUCGAGAGAUGUGCUGUUGGAAGCUAUUGCCGAGGCCAAUAUAUUCGAGGAGUGGGAAGGUGCUGCUUUCCAGCUUGACGAGGAGCUAGGUUACGAUCUCUGGCGCCAAAAUCCUACGUCGAAAUACUACGAUUACCGUCUCAUCUACGAACGGCUGCAAGCCAUCAUCGAAGCCCGCGAGGAAGACGACAUCCUCGGCCUAGUCAGCCUCCUUCGAUCCGGCCUCGUACGAAAUCUAGGGAACAUCACCACACCGCGCUUGUUUAGUCGAGCAUAUGCUGGGACAAAGCUGUUGAUCGAGGAUUAUGUGACACAGGUUGCAUUGGCGGUUGACUAUCUAACAAGCUAUCCUACGACAACAAGUUCAGACAACGGGCUGACGAACCAAGCGAAAUUGGAUGUACUACACGAUACGAGACAAGCAUUCGGCCGAUCUGUACUGGUGCUACAGGGAGGAGCUAUAUUUGGGCUUUGCCAUUUGGGCGUUGUCAAGGCGCUGCACUUGAGGGGACUCUUGCCGCGUAUCAUAUCAGGAACAGCUACGGGUGCGCUCAUUGCGGCAUUGGUGGGCAUACACACCGAGGACGAGCUACUUGGUUUCCUUACAGGCAAGAACAUUGACCUGACGGCCUUUGCAAAACAUACUCGUGUUGGAAUAGACGGACAAGUAAAUCGACAGGAGGGGUGGUUUGCAACACUUACUAGGCGCGUCAAGCGAUUCGUCAGAGAAGGAUAUUUUCUCGAUGUUGGCGUUCUCGAACAGGUCGUACGUGCCAAUGUCGAGGACAUAACUUUCGAAGAGGCCUACCUAAAAACCAAGCGGGUCUUGAAUAUUACAGUCGCGACAACAAGCGGUGGUGUUCCUAAUCUACUGAACUACCUUACAGCACCCAAUGUGCUCAUCUGGUCCGCAGCUCUUGCCUCCAAUGCUUCAUCAUCCACACUAUAUUCUCCAGUGACCCUGAUGUGCAAGGAUGAAUCAGGAAACAUUGUUCCUUGGACGGCCGCCUCGGACGCAACGUUCCGACCCUGGACGCACGCUUCCUAUUCAGACCGCGAAUCACCUCUCCACCGCAUCGCCGAACUCUUCAACGUGAACCACUUCAUCGUCUCGCAAGCCCGACCCUACCUAGCUCCCUUCCUCCGAUCCGACCUCCAUCAUCCGAACCCUCGACAGGACAGUCGCUGGAGCCUGAGCAUGCCUGUCCUCCGCCUCAUCGUUAUGGAAAUCCAGCAUCGCCUACACCAGCUUGAUGAAAUCGGCUGGCUUCCACCCUCGAUCCGCCGCUUCCUCCUCGACGAGAACGUCCCCGGCGCCUCGCUCACCCUCGUCCCUGAACUGACCCCAAGUGACUUCUUCAAGCUACUCGAGAACCCAACCAAAGACUCACUCGAUUACUGGAUUCUCAGGGGCGAACACAGCGUAUGGCCAGCAGUAGGCGCACUGAAGGUUCGAUGCGCCAUUGAGGUCGAAUUAGAUCGAGGGUACCAAUUAGUCCGAAGGAGAAAGCCGUUCGACCCCAUCAACGGCGGACUGCGGAAGAGCGGGAGCAGUAGCGGCAUGAAGAAGAGACCUCGAGCAGCGAGCUUCGGCAGCGCAGCGUACAUAUAAAAUAGCAUGUUUCCCUUUCAUAAUCUUCACGCCAUCUCGUCGUACAAGCACAAUGUCACAG